AGCCGCUAGUUUAGUCUACUCGCAACGAUGAUUACGAUAGGAUUGUUCAUUGCGGUCUUAUCCGUUCUGAUUUACGUUUAUAUAAUCAAACCUCAUAACUAUUGGAAAAAUAGAGGAGUGAAUCAUAAUAAACCUAUGUUCUUGUUUGGAGACGCCUACAAAAUUACUUUUCUCCAAGAAUGCUUUUCGCUGUUCGUUGAACGAAUCUACAACAGCUUCAAGGAUGCAAGGUAUAUUGGAUGGUAUCAAUUUACUACUCCGAUAUUGAUGAUCAAAGAUUUGGAUUUGAUCAAGAGAAUCGCUAUCAAAGAUUUCGAUCAUUUCCACGAUCAUCCGGGAUUUUCAAAUGAAGAAAUUGAUCCUUUGUGGAGUAAAAAUCUGUUCGCAAGCAAUGGAGAGAAAUGGAGGAAUAUGCGUACCACCUUAAGUCCAUCUUUCACCAGCAGCAAAAUGAAGAUGAUGUUCACUUUGUUGAGUGACUGCGCCGAGCAAUUUGCUGCUUAUCAUAAAGAGCAGAAGGAGGAUGUCAUAACUGUUGAGAUGAAAGACAUCUUUACGCGUUACACCAACGAUGUCAUAGCGACUUCGGCUUUUGGCAUCAAGUGCGAUUCGUUGCGUGACAAGGACAACGAGUUCUACAAAAAAGGUCUGAUCGUUACAGAUUUCAGUGGCUUUUCAGGGCUGAAAUUCUUAAUUUAUCAAGUCAGUCCGAUGCUUGCGAAGCUGCUGAACGUCAAGAUUUUCUCAGACAGAGAGUCUAACUUCUUUGGAAAAGUGAUUAAGGAUUCGAUUAAGAUGCGCGAAGAGCAAGGCAUUGUUAGGCCGGAUAUGAUUCAUUUGCUGAUGGAAGCUAGAAAAGGAAAUAUGCAUGAUGAUAAAGUCGAAGCUCCUGAAGGAUUUGCGGCAACCGAAGAAGUAACUAAAGUUAAUAACAAGCAAAUAAAGAUCACCGAUGAAGACAUUAUCGCUCAAGCUUUGAUAUUUUUCGUGGCCGGAUUUGAUACAGCAUCAACUCUCAUGUGCUACGUAGCUUAUGAGUUAGCUAUAAACCCCGAUAUUCAGGCAAAAUUACGCGAAGACAUUAUGAGCACCGAUGAGAAAUGCAAUGGAAAAGUCACGUACGAAGCUUUGAUGAAGAUGAAGUAUUUGGACAUGGUCAUCUCUGAAACGCUGAGGAAAUGGCCACCAACACCAUCAACUGACAGAAUUUGCGUCAAAGAUUACACCAUUCCUUCUGAGAGACAGGGCGAGAAACCAUUAAUAGUAGAAAAAGGAACCACAAUCUGGUUCCCCAUUUACGCUUUACAAAGGGAUCCCAAUCUUUUCGAGGAUCCAGAACGUUUCGAUCCUGAAAGAUUUAGUGAUGAAAAUAAGGGCAAGAUAGAUCCGACGUCCUUUAUAACCUUUGGAAUCGGCCCAAGAAAUUGCAUCGGAUCCAGGUUCGCUUUGAUGGAAACCAAGAUUUUGAUGUACCAUAUCCUUAAGACUUUUGAAAUCGUACCAGUGCAGAAGUCUGUCAUUCCUGUGGUCCUUAGUAAAAAACAUUUCAAUAUGACCGCGGAAGGUGGAAUGUGGUUGGGACUCAAAAAACUUGAGGCAUAAAUAUUUUUUUAAUUCAAAGUUUAUUAUCUAUAAUUGAAUUGAUUUCUG